AUGUCUAUUAAAACUCCUCGUGAUGAGGAGGAAUGCAUAGAGGAGAACGUCGCCAAGAAACGGAAAAUUACGUCGUCAAAAGAUAACGACGAUAUACAAUCAUCCACUACACAAAUGCGACUGCGUAUAGGCAACUUGCCCCCAUACACAACGACAAAAACGUUAAAGAAAUUUCUUAAUGUAUUGGAAAUACUAGAUCCGAAAAUAUCUAAAGACCCAAAAAAGAAUUAUGCCUUUGUCACCUUUAAGAAUAACGAAGACCUGUCGGCGGCAAAGGGAAAGGUCGACCAGGCAUUGUUUAAAAAGAAUUGUUUGCGAGCCACAAUAGAGACGUUUGAUAUGAAGGACCAACAAGCUUUCUAUGAGAGACGUGCGGCUCAAAGACAAGUCGAAUUGGAGGAAGAUACGCGUCUACCACACGAAAAAUUGGCGGACCAAGUGACACCCUUAUACAAACUACCAUAUUCAGAGCAGUUGGUCAAGAAACAAAAGGCGAUAACCCAGAUUCUGCACAAAUUCCGUAAUAAUAUGAGAAAGCUGUCAAAUGUUACUCCCGAAAUCUUAUCCGUUUUCGAAGCGCGACAAGAUAAAUUACCGUGCGAGGUGUUGGAUAUAAUAGCGUCACCUGUAACAGAAGGUUAUCGAACAAAAUGCGAAUUUACCAUUGGCAUUAACAUAGCGGGGGAAAAGGUCGUUGGAUUCUUGCUCGGUCGAUUCAAGCAGGGAUAUACAAUAGUCGAGGAGCCAACACAUUGCCUGCAUGUAUCGGAAACAGCAAAGAAGAUCGCCAAGGCAACGCAGGAUUAUGUCAGAAAGUCUAGCUACGAUGUGUACGAUAGAGCAACGAAAGAAGGCCAUUGGCGACUAGUGGCUGUCAGGACACAAAGAAGUGGUGAAGUUAUGGUAAUACUACAAUUCCAUCCACAAUCUCUAUCGACAGAGGAAAUCGACCGGCUUAAACUUGACAUACGGGAAUAUUUCUCUAAAGCAAGUAGUUCAUAUGGAUUCUCGGUAACCUCGCUCUUGAUCCAAAUAUCAUCCGAAGUAGCUGACGGGUUGUCUCCCAAAGCGUCUCUCGAUUUGUUACAUGGAUCUGACCACAUUCACGAAGAAUUAUUAGAUUGUCGAUUUCGUAUAUCGCCGAGAGCAUUUUUCCAAGUCAACACAGCUUGUACAGAACUUUUGUAUGCAAAGUGUCGCGAAUGGGCGCAAUUGAACGAUUCGAAAACAUUACUGCUAGACCUUUGUUGUGGGACGGGAACCAUCGGAAUCACCAUGGCAAAUCACGUUGAAAAAGUUGUUGGAGUCGAGAUGGUGCCUGAGGCUGUGGAGGAUGCGAAAUUUAAUGCCGAGUUGAAUGGUUUGAAGAAUGUUGAUUUUAUCGCGGGAAAAGUUGAAGACAAUAUUGAUGUGUUUAGACGUGAGAAUGAAUCUGUAGUCGCAAUAAUGGAUCCUCCACGUGCUGGAGUCCAUCCGAGCGUGAUCAAAGCCGUUCGAAGUUGCGAUGCUCUAAAGCGUGUUUUAUUUGUCGCAUGCGAUGCGGAAGCUGCCAUGAACAAUUUUAUAAGUCUAUGCCGACCGCAAUCGAACCAAUGGGCUGGAAAGCCGUUUUAUCCUAAACGUGCUGUCGCUGUUGACUUGUUUCCGCACACGAACCAUUGUGAAUUGUUAAUAGCUUUUGAACGUGACUGA